CUUGCUCCCAGAAUCUUGGGUUUUAAUUUCGUCCUGGAGUGUAUUUGACAAGAAUGAUACAGCUUUGUAGCCAGUUAUAGGAGGCAAGUUUUUUCCAGAACAGUGAAGUCUGUUUCUUGAAUUGUAUCCAAAGGUUUUGCUUUGGAAAGAUACUGAGUGGACAGUAGAAAAACAUAUCCAAACAGUCCUGUAUGCACUCUGAGAACUAAGAUGAAGAUUGCCUAGCUUGCUGCCAAGUUUCUCAGGCUCCAGCCAAGACCACAGAUCCCACUUCCAUCUCAGCCAGCCCAGGAGCCACCUCCCUUGAGGAGUGAUCCCAUAAGCAGUCUCACUCCCGUCAGAAUGUCCAGCCAGGAUUUGAGUAUUGCAGCAAAGCUCAUCAAUGGAGGUGUGGCAGGGCUUGUGGGGGUGACCUGUGUAUUUCCCAUCGACUUGGCCAAGACUCGACUGCAGAACCAGCAAGGAAAGGAUGUCUACAAAGGAAUGGUCGAUUGCCUGAUGAAGACGUCACGGGCAGAGGGCUUCUUGGGCAUGUACCGAGGGGCUGCAGUGAACCUGACUUUGGUCACUCCAGAGAAGGCCAUUAAGCUGGCUGCCAAUGACUUCUUCCGGCAGUUUCUGAUGGAAGAUGGGAUGCAGCGUAACCUGAAGAUGGAGAUGCUAGCUGGAUGUGGAGCAGGAGUAUGCCAAGUGGUAGUUACCUGUCCCAUGGAAAUGCUCAAGAUUCAGCUGCAAGACGCCGGGCGCUUGGCCUCCCAUCCCCAGGGAUCAGCCUCAAUGCCCUCCUCCUCCAGGUUCUACACCACCGGCUCAACUUCCAGCCACAAGCGCCCUUCUGCCACCCUCAUUGCCUGGGAGUUGCUGCGAACCCAGGGCCUGGCUGGUCUCUACAAGGGGCUGGGUGCCACUCUCCUCAGAGAUAUUCCUUUCUCCAUCAUCUACUUCCCACUAUUUGCCAACUUGAAUAACCUCGGCUACAAUGAGCUGACAGGAAAGGCUUCCUUUGUGCAUUCCUUUGCAUCAGGCUGUGCAGCUGGCUCCCUGGCUGCGGUCAUAGUAACACCUCUGGACGUUUUGAAAACUCGGAUUCAAACCCUGAAGAAAGGCCUGGGUGAAGACAGCUACAGCGGCAUCACCGACUGUGCCAGGAAAGUCUGGAUUCAAGAGGGACCAUCUGCAUUCAUGAAGGGAGCAGGCUGCCGAGCCCUUGUCAUAGCUCCCCUCUUUGGCAUUGCCCAAGGUGUCUAUUUCAUUGGGAUUGGAGAGCGGAUCUUGAAGUUCUUUGAGUAGCUGUAGCUGUAGCUGGGUCUCAGGCCCUUUUGACCUGUGACAAGAGGGCCUGCCUCACUUGUAUUUUGCCUUUAACUUGUAGUGCUACCUCAGUCUUAGAAGAAAGCACCUUAUUUUAAUAACAGUCCAUGUCUACCCCAUAUUUCCCAUGUGCAUGCAGAAUAACUGCAUUUUU